AUGGGGCCCAGAAAAAUUAUCUCCAAGAUCCCAAAGUCUCCAUUCUUUCAUUUUCCUUAAAAGAACCCAAAAGCCUCCUCUAUUAUACCCUUGAGUGCUUUGAGACCAGAUUUCUCUUUGUUUUGUUUUCAAAAGCGUCUUUCAUUCAAUUGAUUUCAAGAUGCAACGAGCUUUGAGUUCUAGAGCUAGAGCUUCGGUCCUUACCGGAUCGACAGCUUCAAAGCUUCGCCCUUUACAACAAUUGAGAUUUGCCCAUAAGGUAUGUUGAGUUCACUUCCGUGCAAAGAACAUAAAGUAGAUUUGCUGAAAUUAAUGCUAACUAUAUUGUCAUUUAGGAGCUCAAAUUCGGUGUUGAAGCCAGAGCAGCUCUUUUGGCUGGUGUUGAGACUCUAGCAAAGGCUGUUGCCACAACCUUAGGACCCAAAGGACGAAAUGUUUUGAUUGAGUCAGCAUAUGGCUCCCCAAAGAUCACCAAAGGUUUGCAAAUUCUUGGCUAGUUUGAAUGCAAAAUUCUAACUUGGUGAACAGAUGGUGUGACUGUUGCCAGAGCGAUUACUCUCAAGGACAAAUUCGAGAAUCUCGGUGCUAGACUUAUUCAAGAUGUGGCCUCAAAAACCAACGAGACAGCUGGUGAUGGAACCACAACCGCAACUGUCCUUGCCAAAUCCAUCUUCUCCGAGACCGUAAAGAACGUUGCUGCAGGAUGCAACCCAAUGGACUUGCGCAGGGGUACACAGGCUGCCGUGGAAGCUGUUGUUGAGUUUUUGCAAAAGAACAAGCGUGAUAUCACGACCAGCGAGGAAAUCGCACAAGUCGCAACCAUCAGUGCAAAUGGCGAUACCCACAUCGGAAAAUUGAUUGCCAACGCCAUGGAGAAGGUUGGAAAGGAAGGUGUAAUCACAGUUAAGGAAGGAAAGACCAUGGAAGAUGAACUCGAUAUUACCGAAGGAAUGAGAUUUGACCGCGGUUACGUCUCGCCAUACUUCAUCACCGACACCAAGUCACUAAAAGUGGAGUUUGAGAAGCCAUUGAUUCUCCUCUCUGAGAAGAAGAUCUCAAACGUUCAAGACAUUAUCCCAGCACUUGAGGCAUCUACUCAACUUCGCCGUCCUUUGGUCAUCAUUGCUGAAGAUAUUGACGGUGAAGCACUCGCUGUGUGCAUCCUCAAUAAGCUCCGUGGUCAACUCCAAGUUGCAGCUGUCAAGGCACCCGGCUUCGGCGACAACCGAAAGUCCAUUCUUGGCGAUCUUGGUAUCUUAACCAAUGCCACCGUCUUUACUGAUGAGCUUGAUCUCAAGCUCGAGAAGGCUACAGCAGAUAUGCUCGGCACCACUGGAUCUAUCACUAUUACCAAGGAGGACACUAUCAUCUUGAACGGAGAGGGUAGCAAGGAUGCCAUUGCCCAACGAUGCGAGCAAAUCAGAGGUGUUAUGAAUGACCCUGCUACCUCGGACUACGAGAAGGAGAAGCUCCAAGAGCGUCUUGCCAAGCUCUCUGGUGGUGUAGCUGUUAUCAAGGUCGGUGGUGCAUCUGAGGUUGAAGUGGGUGAGAAGAAGGACCGAUUCGUUGAUGCUCUCAAUGCUACUCGUGCCGCUGUUGAGGAGGGCAUCCUUCCAGGUGGUGGAACUGCUCUCCUCAAGGCUGCAGGUCAAGCUCUUGGUGGUCUCAAGCCUGCCAACUUUGACCAACAACUUGGUAUCAACAUUAUCAAGAGCGCUAUCACCAAGCCAGCACGUACUAUUGUUGAGAACGCGGGCACAGAAGGAUCAGUAGUUGUUGGUAAACUCAUGGAUGAAUUUGGAUCCGACUUCAACAAGGGAUUUAACAGUGCCACUGGAGAGUACGUUGAUAUGAUCGCUGCUGGUAUCGUUGAUCCUUUCAAGGUCGUCCGCACUGGUUUGGUUGAUGCCAGCGGUGUUGCCUCAUUGUUAGGCACCACUGAGGUUGCCAUUGUCGAGGCAUCAGAAGAGAAGGGACCAGCAGCAGGCGGUAUGGGUGGCAUGGGAGGAAUGGGAGGAAUGGGUUAGUACAUGUAUCUCGAACGUCUCAAUGCACUAAGCGCUAACAGUUUCGCAGGAAUGAUGUAAAAAGCCAUUGGUCAAAGCUAAAUCAAAUACCCGUCUGAGCCUCAUCUGUUUGCGCAAUUGCUACCAGACAAUUUGGUACCGGACAUAACAUUGUAUAAUACCCCACUCACCCUUUUUCGUUAUUCGUCUUGCAUGGCAUUACGGAGCGAUAUGAUGUGUUUAAGAGACCAUGACCAUGUAAAAUAAUGAAGCUAAAAUGAUAUAUAAAAAAAGUUAAAUUUAUGU